UGUGAGUGCGCAAGCGCACGACGAGUCAUCGACGCGAUGUCCCCUCCCUCAAAAUCUCCAUCAGACAUGCCCCUUUCACGAGUCCUUUCCCGUCUGCGUUACAUUACAUUACAUGUAAUUUUGAUUACUAAAUCAGAUUACAAUACUUUCGUUUCAUUUUGAAAUAGUUUUAACAUCAGGCAAAACGGAUAUAAUGGACACGGACCAUACAGAACCCGUCAUAGACACUAAAACGGCACUGCAUUCUUGGCGUUAUGGCCACCAUUUUACACACAAGGCAGAUCAAGGAAAAAAUGUAAUCGUCCAGUGUAACUUAUGUUUACCGAAUGUUAAUCUGUUAUCCACCUCAAAAACAUCAACGUCAAAUCUAAAGAAACAUUUAGACAGGAAACAUUUGGGUUGCCAUGAGGUCAAUGCACCAAAGAGGGGCCGAAAGAAGGAACACAACGGUGAGGCCACCAGUCAUUUCCAACUCAAGAAAGUUAAAGCAGAGAUUAUUUCCAAAACCCAGGCACAAUCGAGAUUAGAUGAGCUAAUAUUUAACUUCAUUGUGGAGGACUGCCAGUCUUUCCAUCUGCUGGAGCAGCCUGGCUUCAGGAAACUGCUGGAUGGUUUAACUGAGGGUCAGCUGACCAUGGACAAGCUGACCUUGUCCACCAAGGUCGACCUGGAAUUCUCCAGCAUGAGAGAGGUGUUGACGGCCAAACUCGACAGCGUCCUGCACAUGUGUACCACAGGCGACAUCUGGACCACGGGCAGCAGGAGCUACUUCGGCAUGACCUGUCACUGGAUCGACGCAGUCACCUUGGAGCGGAAAUCCGCCGCCCUGGGUUUCGCUCGGCUUGAGGGGCCCAACACAGUUGAGGCCAUCUCAGGCCGGAUCCGCGACAUCCACUGUGCGUAUAACAUCGAGAGCAAAGUUCAGACCACACUGGUGGACAACGGCAGCCCUUUCGUCGGCAUGUUCAAGGAGUUCCUGGCGGACGGCGAUGAAGACGACGUGGGUUUCUUUGAAAACGUUGGCGCCAUCCUGGACAGUGAGCAGGAACGGGACGCGCCGGUGUUUGUGCCGGACGUGGGCCACUGCGCCUCGCACACCCUGGACCUGAUUGUGAUGGAGGACUUCUGGCUGGCGGUGUCCCAGGGCCCCGUGGGCCAACUGUACUACAGCACCAUGUCCAAGGUCUCUGCCUUCUGGAGCAAAUGCCACAAGCUGCAGGUGGCGUCCGCGAAAGCCGAAGACGUGGCUAAGAUGCCCCUGGUGGUGCCGAGCGCCAGCCGCUGGAACGCUGAGUACAGCAUGGUGCAGAGGCUGGUUUCUCUGGUCGAGAAGGAGCGGUCGGUUCUGAGCGAACGGCUUGGCGUUCCCGCGCUACAGGCCAAGGAGAUGGCCUUCCUGCAGGAGUACGUGGUGGUAUUCAAGCCGCUGGCCUUUGCCCUGGAGCUUUUCCAGGCCGAGCAGAAGUGCUACCUGGGCCUAGUCAUCCCCACCAUCCUUAGCCUGAAGAACAAGCUGACAGAGCAGCGGGCGACAGCGCGCUACUUCGCCGACGUCAUCGACACCGUCGUGGCCACAAUUGACGAGCGCUUUCGCAACGUUUUCGCCAGCACUGAGGCCAAAAUCGCCACAGCGACCACACCCCAGUUCCGGCUGUGGUGGAUGUCUCCCUCGGAGAGGGAGGAGAUGUGCGGCCUGCUGGAGGCGGCCGAGCUGGACCCCGGCUUCCCCGUGGAGGAGGCGACGGACGAGUACGACACCAUCACAGAGUCUGAAGACGACUUUUUCAGCUACGGGCCCGCGACGCCCCGCAGUCGGCCUGAGAAGCUAGGCGCCAAGGAGGAGAUCCAAAAGUACCUGGAGGGCACAGGGAAGAGCCUGGAGUGCCUAAAGGACUUCCCCAGAGUAAGGCAGCUCUUCAUCAAGUACAACACAACGCUGCCGUCUGCGGCGCCCGUGCAACGCCUCUUCAGCCACAAGGCGAACCUGGCUGCCCCGCAGAGAAUCACCAGUCUGACCGACAACUUCUUUGAGAGGAUCAACCUGCUGAGAUACAACAGCACCGUCUGCUUGUUGGACACCUAGUGGAGCUCAAAGCCUAAUCAGCAAAGAUUAACUAUAAAAAUAUAACGAGCGACAUUGAAACUAAAUGAAUAAUUUCUUAGUAUGUAAUUAAUGGGAUGGCCAAUAUUAGUUUGCCUGGACUCGGGAUAAGUAGCCCAUUAGGCAAACAUUCAAGUUACUCCCAACCCACAAUCUUUAUUUUUUAUUAUGUACAUGUGAUUUUAGUUUUAUAUUCAUUUGAGCUCCCUUGUUGACUGUUUUUUGUAUUACACUAAAGAAUAGAAGAAACGCAAAAUCUUUGUAUAUGGCGAGUUCUUCUUCCUUCGUGAACCACGUCCGCUAUUCAGCAGAUAGAGGUCAUAGGGGUUAUGUGAACCAGAUGUAAUCAGUGUAGAAGUGGGGCAUGAUCACUUGCCCAGCUGUUUUACAUACAGCCAGGAGUGCAUCAACCGAUUACUGAUGAAAAAAAUAAAACUGUGCAUUAAUUUCUAAAUGGGAACAGAGCAUGCAUGCACACACAAUGCCAAUCAUCCUAGGUUCAUCUUUUCCUAAAACAUUAAUUUGCAUCGUGCUAAUUAAUGGUACAGAAAGAUAUUAGUAUGACUCAAUCAAAUGGUGGGGUUGAAAAGGAUGUACAUCGCCCUCCAUUUUAUUCUAAGUGUGGACAUUACACACCUGGACACCAAGGCAAACUGAAAGGUCAAGUUUGUAAAUAGAAGUUGGCCCACCACAUCUUGAUGAUUACCCUUUCAAAUGCAAAUUAUUCCAAUUGAAAUUAGUUUAAAUAAAGUAAGCAAGCGGCAAGGCUGAAAUUCCCUUUUGUUGAAAAUCACUAGUAUGCUAGGCCUUUUUAUGUACUUAUAGAAGUGAAAGAUGGAGUACCUAUGUUUUAUAUACUCUUGAGUACUGUAUAUACUCUUGAGUACUACAUGUGGGAUGUUAAUCCUGAAAGACAAAAAAAGCUCUUCAAACCAACACUUAGCAGCAGCUUCCAAAACACAAACCAUAGUUCAGGGUUUCUCCCCAUUCCGUUUUAAUGACUUAAGAAAAGAAAAAACAUGGAUAGAAAGUGUCAAGAUCUCCACACAGCACACUUGAUGUUGGUCAGGUCUGCAUCUCAUUUGCACCAUUUAGUGUAAAAAUUGUAUUUGCACGCAUCCCCAUGUAUUACAAACACAUGCAUCUUGAGCAGGGUCACAUUAGGCACAAUGUGGGAGGUGUGUGUGUGUGUGUUACUUUAACAGAAGUUUUCCCUUUUGUUCCAAUUCUUAACCAAAUCCCCCAUUGUCCAUACAGUCCUCUGAUGCUUACUUUCUCUGGAUAGAAUACCCAAGAUGUCGAGAACCUUCACCAACAGCACAUCGACUGCCGCGUUCAGAGAUCCAUUCAGAGGAAUGAAGAACGAGAGGAAAAAUCGGACAUGGGUUCUCUUGAUUUGUGAAUUGCAAAUACCAACUGUCUCUCCCCUCUCCUUGAUAGAACCAGGGUGAGAACAAGCAGUAGAUACAAGAUACACAUCUUCACAGAGCUUAUCUCUGAUUGGA